AUGUCGAAAGAAACAGCGUCUAUGAGAGAAAUACAACACAACCGACAACUCAUUUUGCAAGCUCUAAAUAAGAACACAACAAACUUUUCAAACUAUUCUAAGAUAUCUGAGUCAUUGAAAGAAGGAAACUUAAAACUGACGAUAAACCCAUUGACAGACGAGUUUCUGUUUCAAGACAGUAAGAACCAUACUGUUUGUAUAAAUCCAACAAAAAGAACUUUAAACGAGAAACCUAUAGAUGAACUUCUUUUGAAAGCAGAUGUUGACAACAAAGCUGACAAAGAGUAUGUCAUUGAAAAAGUUCAAGAAGAACAUGACAGAGCAGAUGCAACAUAUGCAACAAAAGAACAUACUCAUCCUGAACUAGCGGACAAAACAUAUGUUGACAAUAAAAUGUCAAGUGAAGUGACAAGAGCUGAAAACGAAUAUUCUAAAAAGACUCAUACACAUACCAUUGCAAAUAUUACAAACUUACAAGAAACCUUAAACAGGAAAAGUGACGUUGGACAUACACAUACCAUUGCAAAUAUAACAAACUUACAAGAAACCUUAAACAGUAAAAGUGCCGUUGGACAUACACAUACCAUUGCAAAUAUAACAAACUUACAAGAAACCUUAAACAGUAAAAGUGCCGUUGGACAUACACAUACCAUUGCAAAUAUAACAAACUUACAAGAAACAUUAGAGACAAAAGCAGAUAAAACAUAUGUCAAUGAAAUAUACCAAAGUUUAGUUGGAACAACAAAAAAUAUUGAAACUAUUGUUGGUGACUUUUCUAUCUAUGAAGAAAACAAAUAUUUUAGAUGGGAGUUUGUACAGUCUUUAAGAAAUGGUAUACGGUGUAAACUCAUUCCGAAAAAUAACAAUGAAAUGUAUGUAAGCUAUAAAAAGAACGAUGGUACACAAGUUAAAGUUCCAUUAGACAACAACUGCUACUUAAACUUCUAUGGAGACGAACAAAAGAAAUAUUUAAGAGUUUAUGAAAUGGCAGAUAUGACAUUGCCUGACCCAGCUCCAGCACCAUACUAUUAUGACUAUGGUGUUGACGUCAGAACACUACACGCAGACCCAAAAAAGCAAACAUUCUAUUUAGAUUUUUAUAGAUAUAAAAGAUAUAAUGCAAUAGAAAAAACGAGAAUAGUAUACUAUUAUACAGAUGACAGAAAUAAAUAUUAUAGUCAAGACUUUACCUACCCUGAAAACAUAAGAUUAUAUUAUAAAAAAUAUUCUGACACAAACCAGAAGAAACCUGAAAUG